CGCCUCCGGAACCUGCGGCACUUAGAUCUGUCCUCAAACCAGAUCCGCCGGAUUGAGGGGCUGAGUUCCUUGGCUGGUCUGCGCACCCUGAGCUUAUCCUGUAACCUGCUGACGAAAGUGGAGGGACUGGAAAACCUCUUUAAUUUAACUAUACUGGAUUUGUCAUAUAAUCGCAUACAUGAUCUCUCUGGAUUGCAAUGCCUUCAUGGAUCCAGACAUAAGGUCAGUCAUAUUGACCUUCACAGCAACUGUGUAAACAGUAUGAAUCACUUACUUCAGUGCACAAAGGGGCUGCGCUGUUUGACGAGUCUGACACUGGCAAAAAAUGGAAAAGCCAAUCCAGUGUGUGACACAGCAGGUUACAGAGAAACUGUUCUUCAGGCGUUGCCCCAGCUAACGGCUCUAGAUGGAAGAAAUACUUCUGGUGAACCGGUGGACCCGGCAGAAGAAAACUGUUCAGCUUUGCAGUGUUCAGAAGAUGUUUUGGGCUGUUUGGUUUCAUCUGGGUGCCUCUCACCCAGAGAUCAGAGCCAUGUUACCUUACCGGUGGUGACACCGCGUAUCGACCAGGCGUUGGCUCUUUUCCGGCAGCGUGCAAGAACAGCAGCACAAGGUGCCAUCAGCUCCUCUACAGAGCUUGUCUCAUCUUCAGAACCAGAGAAGGCUGAACUUGAUAAAAUAUACAGUGAGAUGAGGAUCAAAAAAAUAGAAGAUCAAAUUUCGCAGAUACUGCAAAAGGUAUCUGAUACCUCAAGAAGAGAAGCUCCUUUGCAUGUUCUCAAAGCUAAGAGAGACACAGAUCCAACUUCUGAGAGUGAAAAUGACAGUGGGAAAGAGAACAACAGAAAGGUUGUGAAAAGAAGCAAGAUCCCUACUUACCAUAGAACUACGUCAUCUACUAGGUGUCAUACAAAUCAUCCUAAGAAGAAAAUAACUGACAGGUACCCCAACAGAGACUCUCAUCUCAAUUUGUCAUCAGAUACUCGAGACUUGAAAGUAGUGGGAAGAAAAGCUGAACUAUUAACUGGAAGACAGAGCAAUAUAGAAAAAGCAGAAGAAAUUAAUUCAAAUGCCACAGAGGAAUCAACAUACCGAGCACUAAUUCAAGAGCUGGAUCAGGAGAAAGAAAGGAGGUGGAAAGCAGAGCAAGCAGAGAAGAAAUUGACAGAGCACGUCAGAGAGCUACAGCAACGUGCAAAGGAAGAAAAGAAUGUUCAGAGUAUGGCUGUGUACACUACAGACAGAUUAAAGGAAUUGAUAUUGAAAGAGAGAGAUGCUAAAGCAAGACUGCAAGCAGAUGUCCAGCAGUUGAGAGGCGAAACUGAGAGACUUACUAAUGAGUUAAAUCAGGCAAGAAAUAAAGAAGCAGAACAUCAGAAAGCCAUGCAAGCUUUAGAAGAAACACUAUCCAAGAUGGAGACACAAAGGUUGCAGCAACGAACAUUAGAGAUGAAACAGGUGCAAGAAGCAGAGAUUAAAGCAUCAGCAAAUGAACGAGAAGUACAGUUACUUCGAAUAUCCUUUCGACAGCAGAAGGAGAAGGUAAAACAGCUGCAUGAACUGCUUAUAUUAAGAGAGCAAGAGCAAAGGAAAGAACUAGAAACCCGAGUUGCCUUAAAUGGACCUGAAUUUCAAGAUGCUUUGUCAAAAGAAGUGGCUAAAGAGGAGCAGAGGCAUGAACAGCGUGUUAAAGAAUUUCAGGAGAAAAUUAAUAUGUUAAACCAGAAGUACAAAGAGUUAGAAGACGAAUUUCGUUUAGCUUUAACUGUUGAAGCAAAAAGGUUUAAAGAGGUGAAAGGGGGUUUUGAAAAUGUUGCUGCUGAUCUAGUUGAACAUAAACAAGCCCUCUUUGAGUUGGAACAAAAAGAAAAAGAGAUGGCAAGUCUGAUCCAAGACCUGACAAGUAUAGUGAAAGAACAGAAAGCGAAGAUUGCAGAAUUGACAAAAUCAAAUGAAGAAGCUACAGCCAACCUAAAGCGUCAAACUGGACAACUUGAAACUGCCAUUGAGGAGGACAAACAGAAGUCUGUUCAAGUUGAACUUCUGAAAAAGGAAAAUGGAAAACUUAUUUCUCAGCUGACAGCCCAGGAAUCUGUGAUUGAUGGGUUAAAAAUGGAAAGAAAAAUAUGGGGGCAGGAGUUGGCACAACAAGGAGCUCAUCUUGCUCAAGAUCGGGGAAAACUGGAGGCAAAAAUUGAAGUUCUAAUGAAUGAGAUUGAGAUGUUAAAAAAGCAAAAGGAACAGGACACUGAUACUAUAAAAAUUAAAAACAAAAUAGUGGAUGAUCAGACAGAAACAAUUAGGAGACUGAAAGAGGGCUUACAAGAAAAAGAUAGACAAAUCAGAAAACAGCAUGAAGAAAAUUUGGAAGCUCAGAGACUUUUUAAAGGACAGUUGGAUGAAAAAGUGGCUGAAUCUGAAGAGCUAAUGGAAAAAUUAGAAAGGCAAAAUGAAAGAAAAGAAGAAUUAAAGCAACUGCUAGAAGAAAAAGAACUAGAACUUGAUGACAUUAAGAAUGCACACAGUGCACUGAAAAAGCAGUGGCAAGGUAAAGGAGAGCUAUUAAGCCAUCUGGAGGUGCAGGUUAAACAAAUGAAAGAGAGCUUUGAUAUCAAAGAGAAGCAGCUGAUUGAAGAGAAAAACAGAAGUCUUCAAACUCAGAGGUGA